GAAGUUGCAACAUAAAAACACACUAUAAAAUAAGAACACUCAAAACAACUUAGAAACCCAAUUCCAAUAUGUCUCAAACAUCCUCAUUUUCAAGCGAUACUACCUCUAAGCCUACAAUAAGAAUCCGUCGACAAACAAUAUGGAAGCGAAUCCUUCAUCAAGCGUAUCCAUUGCCUGAAGCACCACCCGAGAUGUGUCGCGAUGCAUUCCUCGCUGAGUUGCUGAAACCCUACGGAGGGUCCACACCAACUCCGUCCCUGAGCUCUGAUGAUAGCAUCAUGUCGAAUAGAGUGAAAUUUGGGAAUUCCAUUGAAUUUACGAAUGUCGAGGCGAAAUUGUUGAAUCAAAUGAUAAGGACCGACAGACGACAAACCUAUAGGAGGGAUUCGGUAGUGACCGAUACGUCAUUAUAUGCACCCGAUUUGAAUAAGCUGAUGAAGGAACGUUAUGGCAACAUUGCCACAGCCAUUGGAUUUAUGGCCACUAUUUCUGAGCUGCAGCAACUCAAGUAUCGCAUGGUCAUCUUUCAAGAGCUGUGGCAAAUGAAUGUCUCGAUCGAUAAAGAGCUGCGUUUAUUUGGUUGGUCCAUCAAAGAUUACUUGGAACGCUUCUCUCAGCCCAAUCUUGUGUAUUUGGACACUGCCGAGCGAUUGUUGGGCAAACAAAUCGAGUGCUUCAAAUUCCGCAUGGACUUAAAAGAAAUCAAUCGCCUGAUCGAUUGUGUCAUCGAUGAUGUUCGCAGUAAACGCAAUAUUUGCAAUGGUUCAAUGGAGUUGAUAAAGGAUGCUGAGGUGGAUAUCGAGGAACUGUUGACCAACUCUCAAAAGCAAGCGACUGAGGAACACGCGAAAGCCGCCAAAGCUGCCAUUAAUAUGCCUCGCUCAGCGGAUCCAUUUGGAAGUCGAUCAAAGGCAAUUUACAAGAAAAUCAACCACAACGAUUUUGUUUAUCCCAUCGAGGCGCGUUAUCGAAUUAAUUGGGCGCAAACAAGCUUGGAACAGUCCACAGCCAAGGUUGAGUUUAAUGAGAAGCGUCUACAAGCUGAGGUAGACGGACUAAAUGCUCAGAUCGAAGAAGCUGGACGUCUUUGGGAUAUUAGUAGCAUAGCUUAUCAUAUGCAGAUACUCGAAUUGAAGAAUAACAUAAUGAAAAAAGAAAUGGAGUACGAAGCGGCCAUGGAAGAAGUGGAUAAUAAUAUUGAAAUGACGCGACAACGCUUGACUAAUGCCAAGAAUGAUCUCAAGUAUUAUCAGGAGCAAGUUCCAAUGUUCCAUAGGAAAAUUGCCGAGGUACGAAUUACUAAGGCACGACAAGAGGAAGACGCUAUAAGGGCAUCACAAAUGCUAAGCAAGCCAAUUCGACACUCUUCAAAGACCAAAGUGCCGAAGAAAAAAUACUGAAAUCUAGGCAGAAAACAAAAUACAUUUGUAAUUAAUUGGAAAUAAAUUUGAAUACAUUUUCUAAUAAUGUUGUAUAUUAAAGAGUAAA